CUCUGUCUCUCUCUCUCUCUCUCUCUCUCUCUCUCUCUCUCUUUCUCUCUGCGCUGAGGAACAGGAGCGCGAGCAUCGGGUCGAUUUCUUCAGGUAAAAACAACCAAAACAAAAACAGACGGAACCGAACCGCGAGCAGCUGAUCCGGAACCGAACCGCGCGCUCUACCGCUGCCGCUGCUGCUGAGUGUUGGGUCGUGAGCGCGCGCUGAGCAUGGCCGGGAAGCGCGAGGUGGAGGACUCGUGGCUGGCGGAGGAGGAGGAGGAGCUGCGCGCGGGGACGGGCAGGCCGCUCUCGAGCUCCACGAACUGGGAGGACAUCGGCACGAGCUACCCAGCCGGGGACGGGCGGAGAGGAACCGGCGUUGCCAUGGAAACUGCAUCCACAGGUGACUCCAUGUCUGACCUUUUUCAGAAGUCUUCCCCUGGCCAAGAUGACCUCUACACUUCCCUCCUCUCCUCACACUCUAAUUCCUCCUCCUCUAAUCCGUUUGGUGGAGGCGCUCCUCUUUUCUCCUCUGAAGGAAACCGUUCUCCUCCUGCUCCGGCUGGCACUGACUCCGGUAUCGGCAUGACCCCUGGCGACCCCUAUGACCUCCAGACGCACAGGACCGACCCAUACAACUACAUGGACAUGAGCGAUGACCUCAGUGACCUUGGUAACCUUGGCAACCUCGGUAUCAACAAGUCAAAGCAGCAACCAAUGAGGGGUUACGAUGAAGAUGAUGACGAUUUGGGAGGCCUCCAAGAUUUCAAGCAGAACAAGGAGCCCGAGCCGGACCCCUUUGACCUCGGGCGCUACCUGGAGAAAAACGCCCCUUCAUCAGGAGCCGUGGAGAGCAAAGACAGCCUGGGGUCAGCUGGAGGUCAGCACUCUUUUCCAUUUGUGGAGGAUCCAUCUGACGAAGAAACGGCUGAGUACCGCUCGUACCGCAUGAUGGGAACACCACAGACUGCCAGUCCAGUGAAGAUCACCGUGACGACCGACUCCCGUAACCCAGCAACCCAGCCACAGAGGGUGUCUCCACAAGGGGGAGCCACAGAGAGGGAUAGCGUUCUUAGUUUUGGGCAGCAAGGUCUUCCCACGGUAACACUGUCGGAGCCUGAAGACGACAGCGCCGCAUCCUCUGCCAAUCACUCCCCUAACCACUCCCCUACAGGACGAGAAUCACCCUCAGACAUUUUGUUCCAGCCCGCAGGGAUAAAGUCAGCAAGCUCGGUUCAUAACACCAGCGCCCCCUAUCAGGACACAAAAGUUCCUGCCAAGCCCUCCAACCCAUGGGACAUGCCUGGAUUCGGUGGACGUGACAAUGAUGGCAGCGGGGCAGAAUCUGGAGAUUCUGAAAUCGAGCAAGUUGCAGAAGAGCUUGAUUCACCAAGACCUGACAAGGUCCAAAGUGCAAAAGGGGGGUUCGGCCAAUCUGGCAACCCUUUCGGCCAACCCACCAGCGCCAACCGAGGUUCGGAUAAAGCUAACAAUCCUUUUGAGAUGCAGCAAGCUAACAAGUUGAGUGCUAGCAAUCCCUUUGAGCUUCCCAGCAACGUCAAGACUGGUUUCGGCCAACCUGGCAACCCUCCAAUCUACAGUCUCCUUCGUGAAGAGAGGGAGGCCGAGCUGGACAGUGACCUCCUCAUCGAAUCAGCUUCUGAGGAGAGCCCCAAAAGGGAGCAGGGAUACCUCCCCCCAAAACCGAGCUCCCCUCCGGCAACGAACAUCUCCACCAACCCCAUCUCACCACCUCGCCGCACGCCCGAGCCGGUGGUGAGCACCCAGAAAGAGAAGGAGAAAGAGAAGGAGAAAGAAAAGGAGGAGGAGAAGAAGGACAUUGUUGAGAAGCCAGUGGAAAAGGUCAAGCCCCAGCCCCAGCAACAUGAAGACAAGCCCCGCCCCCCAGCAACAGGCACAGCUGCAGCUGCUCCAGAGCAGCGCCCCCUGGAGAACUUGGGGAGCAAGAGCAGGAGCAGUGGAGAGACGAAAGCAGUUGGCGCUGUGAGAGCAGAACUGCCUCCUUUCCUGCAGAACUUCAGCAAACAGAAAGUGGUGGACCUGCUGCACUGGCGGGAUGUGAGGCAGUCCGGUCUGCUCUUCGGCAGCGUGCUGCUGCUGCUGUUCUCACUAACGCAGUUCAGCGUGGUCAGUGUGGUGGCUUAUCUCGCUCUGGCCACACUCUCAGCCACCAUCAGCUUCAGAGUCUACAAAUCAGUGCUGCAGGCCGUGCAGAAAACCGACGAGGGACACCCUUUCAAGGCCUAUCUGGAGGUGGAGAUCGCUAUGUCUCCUGAGCAGAUCAGUAAGUAUGUGGAUAAAGUGCAGCUGUACGUGAACUACACUCUGAAAGAGCUGCGCAGGCUCUUCCUCGUCCAGGACCUGGUCGACUCCAUAAAGUUUGCAGUGUUGAUGUGGCUGCUGACCUAUGUAGGAGCUCUCUUUAAUGGCCUGACUCUGCUCAUCCUGGCUGUGGUGUCCAUGUUCUCCAUGCCUUUGGUUUAUGAGAAAUAUCAGACUCAGAUAGACCAGUAUGUGGGGCUGGUGAGAACCCAAGUGAACACCAUAAUGGGAAAGAUACGAGAAAAGGUUCCUGGGGCCAAAAGGAAGGAUGAAUAACUCCUCCCAUCCACCACCAGUGAAAACAUGACACUACAAGCCAGUAAAACUACAACCAAUCCCAGCACUGACUGACCCCCAGCGUAUAUAUAAAUAUACAUAAAUAGAGGGCCAAAAAUACCACCUGCAUUUAUAUACACAACUAAGCUCACAUUUAAGCUAAAAUAGUGGCACAAGUGAAAACCACACUGUUGCAAACCUACUGUAAAUCCCAAGCACUAGUAGCUACAGCGCUAACAAGCUAAUUCACUACACCUGGUCACAAAUACUUGGCAAGGGGGGAGGGGUUAAAGCUAUAGAUAGAGCUGAAAGUCAUGAACUGCUUUUCUCUUUCUGAUUAAAAUGCAUGAAGUCCAGUCUUGAGUAAAGUAAAUAUUUGCUACAACUCUUUUCUUUCUGCUUUUCUUUUCGCAGCGACUAUAAAAAGAAAAAAAGAAAAAAAAAAAGCACAUGUGACACAGAAUAAAGCAUCAUGCCUGUCCAGUCAUUUAAACUAACUGCUUAAACCACCACGUCACUGUUUAGAGUGUUUACUCUUGGUGUGUGUAUAUACACGUACAUGCAUAUACAUAUAUUAAUAUAUAAGUCAGAUCGUGGAUUGAAUUUUACUCUCUCUGUUUUUCUCCUCUGUGUUUUCAAGCACAAGAAUAAUUUGAAGGCGUGUUCACUAAAUGUUGUAAGUGUAAUUUUUGCUUUUGUAAACUCUAGGGAAGUUGACGCAGGCCGAUGCAGGCGCUUUAGGUUUAGCUCCGAGGCCGAGGACGAGCCGGCAGACUAAAACCUGUCCAACUUUGUACCAUGUUCAGUGUAGUUCUUUCAAAGUCAAUGGGACUCUUUAACUAUUUGCACUUCUGUAUUUAAUUGACGAAUGAGAAAAAUAAAAAUAAAUGUUCCGUCAUGUUAAA